UAGUUACCGCCCGGAGUCGGCUGGAGUAGCUGCCCUCCUCCUCUUCCUCCCUUCAUCCGUCCUUCCUUCCCUCCCCGCCCCUCGCUUUCCCCACCCCCUCACCCUCCCCAUGGAGCCCUCGGCUCUUCCGCCUUAGGAAGCGGGAAGGGGGGGGAGAAGACAUUUCCAAGCCCCCUUCCAACAGCAGAGACCACCAACCUCCCCCCGCCCAAUAGGGGGAGGAGGUGGAAGAAAGUGACUAAUCCCCUCACACCCCCUACACUUCCCACACACUUCUCGCCCCUAGCUCUAGGACUUCUCGAAGGGAGUCUGGGCGCACGCGGUUGGGGAGAAGUGCAGCUCUCGGCCACCAGGGGACGCUUCCUAGCUGGGGGACACCCCCCACUCUCUGUGCUCACCCCCGACUGGUCCACCUCCCCCCCACUCCUCCCCUCCCUUCUCCUCCCCGCGCGCAAAACACACACGCACCAAGACCCAGCGAGCCGGAGCCGGAACAGAGACAGCGGCGGCGGAGGAACGCUCGGAGCGCGGGUCCCAGAGCCGCCCGCCCAGGACUAGGCGGCGGCGGCGGCCACCACCAUGACCCUAGGCGGCUGCUGCUGCGAGAUCAUGUCCUCCGAGAGCUCUCCGGCAGUGCUGUCCGAGGCCGAGGGGGACAUCGACGUGGUGGGCGGCGGGGGCGGAGGAGGAGGCGAUCCGUUGCUCAGCGCCGCCGCCACCCCCCGGGACGCGUGCAAGUACGGGCCGGACGAGGAGGAAGGGGACGAGGAGGAGGAAGAGGAGGAAGGUGAGUCUUCGGACUGCGAGCCUCGGCUCCUCCCGCCGCCCACCCCUCGGGGGGCCGGGCCCAAGGGGGGAGCGGAGCCCAGCCCGGGCGGGGAGCCCCCCGUGGCCCCCAGGGGAGCAGCGGCCGGCGGCGACAAGACGCCGUCGGGGGCUGGCAAGAACCCCCUGGUGAAGCCGCCCUACUCGUACAUCGCGCUCAUCACCAUGGCCAUACUUCAGAGCCCCAAGAAGCGGCUGACGCUGAGCGAGAUCUGCGAGUUCAUCAGCGGCCGCUUCCCCUACUAUCGGGAGAAGUUCCCCGCCUGGCAGAACAGCAUCCGCCACAACCUCUCGCUCAACGACUGCUUCGUCAAGAUCCCCCGGGAGCCGGGCAAUCCGGGCAAGGGCAACUACUGGACGCUGGACCCCGAGUCCGCCGACAUGUUUGACAACGGCAGCUUUCUGCGGCGGAGGAAGCGCUUCAAGCGGCAGCCGCUGCCGCCCACGCACACCCACGCGCACCACCCGCACGCCCAUCCGCACCCGGAGCUGCUGCUGCGUGGAGGGGACCCCGGCGCCUUCCUCCCCGGCUUCGCUGCCUACGGAGCCUACGGCUACAGCUACGGGCUGCCGCUGCCCGGGUACCACGCACACCACGCUGGCCCCCCGCAGCCCCCGCACCCACACCCAGCCCCGCACCCCGGCCACCCCGCCGCCUUCUCCUUUGCCGCCGCCGCCGCCGCCGCCGCCCCGUGCCCUCUGGCUGCACCCCCACCUGCGCCUCCCCCGCCUCCGCCGCCGCCCGUGCAGGCUCAGGCGGCCCCGGCCCCGGCCCCGGCCCCAGGUCCCCCGACGGCGGCCGCCUCGCUCUUCGCCGCGACUCCGGCCGGCCUGCCCUCCUUCCUGGGGGCCGAGUUGGGCUGCCGGAAGGCCUUCUAUCCCGCGCAGCUGAGCCCCCCGGCUGCGGGCACGGCGGCCAGCUUGCCCGCGGCCGCGGCGGCCGCGGCUCUGCUACACAGCCUGAAGGCGGACAGUGGGGGAGGCGGCGGGGGCUCGGCGUCUGGGAGCGGGUCCGGGCCCGGGGGGCGGCCUUCAUUCUCCAUAGACCAUAUCAUCGGGGGCGCGGCGCCCCCGGCGGGCCCGGGUCCCGGAUCGGGCGGCGGAGGCAGCGGAGGCGGAACGGGCGCCGGGAGAGGGUCGCCUUCGUCUCCGUACGCUAGUGCUCCGAGCGGGGGCCAAGCCCAGGUGCUGGCAGUGCUGCCCGCGCCCGCGCUGACGCCGGUGCCGGCCCACAUUCGCCUCUCGCACCCCGGGGACGCGCUGCUGCAGUCGGGCCCUAACUUCGCCAGCAAGAUCCCCAGCCUGAGUGGCUGCCACUUCUGAACAGUCGAAGGACUCCGCGCCGGGAGAAACUGAGGGGAACGAACUUUCCAAAGACCCUGGGAACUCUUCGCGUCCCCUUCUCCCCUGGCCCGUUCCCUCACUCGCCCGGCCUGGCUCCACGGGGGCCGAAGGGAGGAAGACUUGCCGUGGGGAGUGAGAGUGUCUCCGGAGCAGCGUCGAUGCCCCCGUCACUCUCCUCGGCCUGUGCCUCCCCGCGGUUGGCCGCGUAUUUAUAAGCGUCCGCGUGGGUCUCUCUGUGGCCCGAGGAGGACAAGGGCCGAGGACCGCGUCGGCCUGAGACCGGAGCCUUUCCAAUUGUGUCUCUUUAGAACCGAGCGAUGACCGGAGAUCCGGGUCCCGGGUCCCAGGCCCCGGGCCGCAGCCAGCCGGCCUUCUCGGAUCGCGGAGCUGGGGAGCCAAGGCAAAGAUCCGGAUUUUUCGUGCCAACCGGAAAACCCUGUGGGGGGAGGGGUGGGGGGAGCGGGGAGGGACGACGGGAAGAGGGCAUUUUGGCUAGUGAGCUUCCCCCCUUGGAUCUGGCUUGCCCGCUUCCGAUGGAUGGGACCCCGGAUAAUUGCCUGCUCUCUGCUUCCCACAGUGGCCGGGCGGACGCGGCCUCCACCAGGCGGUGAGAAUUCCAAACCCCCCAUUUUCCACUCCCUUUUCCCCAGCUCUGAGGUCGGAGUUUUCUCCGGGUUUCCCUUUAAAAGAAACGUAAGUCUAUGUCUUGUGUACUUACCUCCUUCUCCCCGCCGCCCCCUACCACUCAGCCCAGGGAAAUCGAGGCUCCACUUCAGUGGGGGCAGCAGAGAAUCUGCCGAUUUUCAGUCCCUUAGGACACCCUCCGCCCCCUCCACCCCCACCCCCCGCAACGUGAAGCAGCGUCUACGCGAACAAAGCUAAGGGCUGGGGUGCCAGGCCCCCGAUAAUUCCGGCAUCUCUUUUUACAAGCGACCCACCCCUUUGCUGAGGAAAGAGAUUUAGGCUUUUCAGCUUUUUCUCCUCCCAGCCCGGUGCCUCCCAGGCAUCUCAACCUUAAGUACUCCCUGUCCAUCUCUCUCCCUCUUCUCCACGAGCUCCUUUUGCUGGUCACCCCAAUGCCGCCCUAUUUAUUUUCUCCAGAAGCAAAAGAAUUUCGAGAAGCGAGGGGUACGGAGAUCUCUUCUCUCCCCUGUUUGCGGGAGGCGGGGAGCGAGGCCUAGCGCCUUCGUGCCCCCCAUCCGAUCCCGGACCUCCCGCUGGAAUCCCUCCCCGGCCCCUGGAAGGUACUUGUAAAUAGUUCCGAGCUGGCCUGCCCUCCCCCCGUGGGAUCUCUCCAGGGGCGCGGGCCUGGGGUUCUUUUGCUACGGGCAUGGUCCAGAGAGGGGAAGACCUGGGCAGUGAUAGACUGGGUGGCUCUGUGACCCCUUUCGGAUGGUUUUCCGUGGAAGCAAAGGGAACCUCUGCAACUCGCCCCAUUCCUCAGCGCGGCCCUAUUCCCCUCUCCCACUUUCCUGCCGGCCUCGCCCUUCGAUUCCCGCUCCCGCCCCUGCCCCAAUUGGUGUCAAAGAAUAAAUGUUUGUGGAUUUCACUGAA